ACACUCAAGAUGUUCAGUGCAUCGAUGAAGUUCUUGAUGACCUGUCUCCGGAUGCUGAUGCUCAAUUACAUAAUUAUUCCACUUGGUUUCAUUACUUAUCAGCUAGUAGCUAACAAACGUCCGGUUGUACUGAUAUUACCCUAUCCAGGUUCCUAUCCUGAGUGUUUCACCAAUGAUCCGAUUAUUUUUGCUGGUGUAUUCUUUCUCGAGGCUGUCAAUGUCGUCGUGGGUGCAUCAAUCUCUCUCGGUGCUGAUUGCUACUUCGGAUUAAUUGUUUUCCAAAUGUCUGCUAUUCUGAAUAUCAUGUCGAAUCGGGUGCUGAGGGCUGAAGCUAAUGAAGAGCUCUUCGUUACACUGCGUGAGUGCAUUGAUCAGCACUCUCAGCUGAUGGACUUUGGCCACCGGUUGGAGCCGAUCUAUGGACUCAUGAUUCUUUCUCAGAGGCUGACAGAUGCUGUUGUCCUCUGCGCUGUUAUCUAUCAAAUACAUGAGGUUUGUACAGAUGAAUUGAAUCUAAAUGGAUCAACUAGUUGA